AUGUCCACUGAACGAGCUCUUGAACCUAGAUCAUUCAAAGAUAAAGAGGUUGAUGAAUUAGUGAAGAACUUGCAAUACAAACUUGGUCUUUUUAUUAAUGAUAAAGUUAGACUUCACUCUGAAACACUGCUUGAUGAGGAACCCGUAGUAGAAUAUCGUCCAUCUUUUAUGAAAGGAUUAGAAUUUGAUGCCUUCUCCAACAUAAUCGAAUUGCAUUAG